AUGGCCUCGAAGAUUGAGCAAGGCCGUGAUCACGAGGAAAACCGUAACCGUGCCAUGAUGGAGCCGACCUCAGAGUCCUCAUCGUUGACUGGUCAGUUGCCUCGAUACUUUCUGGUUCGUCCAGACGUCACCAAACACACUGCUUCGGGUACCGUGACGACCAAGGGCGCCAUGGUGCCACUGAUUCCGAUUGACCAGCUACCUUCCUGGCUGGAAAUAACUGGUGUACCUCGCGAGCUCAGCCCCGAGCACAUGAAGGGCCUUACAAACCUAGGCGAGAGUACCAAGGACUUUGACACUUAUAACGUGUGUGUCAUUUACCAUGACGACGAUGGUGAUGAUGACGAUGAUGACGAUGAUGACGACGGCGCCUCUGAGCCCCGAAUGACAUCGAGACUUGACAAAAUCAAGUAUCAACAUGUCGGAGCCUCGAGCGGGCGCCAUAUCAUCACAACUGCCCACUGUGGAAAUGACUCGAACCCUCGUGGGCACAGUCAGAGGACCCCUCAGCACCACGGAAGUGAUAUAAUCAGCACAGCCCCUGGAGAGCUUGAUGCGAAUACCGGAAAGCAAGGCACCGGUCACGAUGAUAUGUUGGGGUCGGACUCGAGUCGCCAAGAUGACAGCAGUUACGAUCACCCUGCUAGCUCGGCUUCGUCCGAGGCAUGUGAGUCUGUCCUAUCGAGCAGCCCUGACAAGGAGACAUUCCCUAGCUUGCGAGUCAAGGAAGGUAUUCAGGAAAGCCGCCAUGCACCGCGGACUACCAAUACUCCUUCUCUCGUCACACGAAAGCAAAUACCCCCAAGCCCUACUGCGGACCUAAACCCUCGAAUUCCCUCCUCUGUUCCAGCCCGGCCCCGCGAGCUCUAUAAUCCUUACAGCACGCUUACCCGCAAGAGAACCGUACCCUCCGGUGAUCAGCAAGCAUAUCGUUUGAAGAAGAGUCUGCCUUCUAGCAGCAGAUAUUCGCCCUCGCAGCCUUCGAGGUCUCUGGCAAUCUCUCAUCAUCGUGGCGGCAAUGGCAAUGGCAGCAACAAUGUCAGCACCAGUGGUAGCUCGAGGUACGAUGUACUGGGCUACUCUACUACUGGCGGCAGCACGACGAACCACCAACACCACCCCACCAAUAACAACAAUAACAACACGCGCACCUCGUCGUCAGCGGGCACUGGCAGCAGCACAACUUACUGUCGGCACUGGUGCCACCACAACACGUGCAAGUACGGCGCCGAGUGCAAGUACGUCCACGAGAUGCCAAAGACGCUCGAAGGGCUCAGCGCCGUGGGCCUGUCUGACUGGCCGAAGUGGUACAAGGCUGAGAAGCACGGGUACGAAAAGGCCAUGGCCGAGGUGCACCAGUCCCUGAAUCUCAAUGGCACCCUGAGGUAUCCCGCCGGUCUGGUGCUCGUUGGUCCGCACUCUUCCUCGUCCUCUUCCUCCCGAGCGCCGCCGCUGACCGAGCAGCCAGAGAAGCAGGAGAUUGCCGAGCUCACCGAGCCGCAGCACCACCACCAACACCAGCAGCGGCAAAGUCUCGAACGCCACAUGAUGACGAUGAUGGAAGAGGCAAAGCGCGCCAGCAAAAUGACCAAGGACAAGAAGAGGAUCAAGGGUCCCUCCUCGUACUCCACUUCCUCCAAGAAACUGUCGGCCCACAGAAACGGAAACGCCCUCUUGAUGAGACAGCGCAGCCAUGCGGGCGAAAAUCCCGUGCGAGACGAAAACGGCACGGAGGGCGUCAAGAUGGCAAGAGCCAAGGCGGAUAAGAUGUGCAAAGUUGUCGCGAGUGAGGAGGAGCAGGACUUGAUUAGUCUAGAUUGA